AUGAUGUAGCUUUUAAAAUAGAUUAAGGAACUUUUUACUGGUCCAAAUAUAAAGAAUAGCCCUAAUAACCUACUUAAGCUCCAACUGUAAAAGAUCAAUAAGUAGAACCACUAUUAUAACCAUAAAAAAAUCUCAAUAUUUCUUUAUAAAUAAAUAUAAAUAUAUAUGUAAAUAAUACCAUAAGUUGAAUCAGAGCCUAUAUUAACAAAUAUCAAUAUAAGGAUUGAAAAGGAUAGUUUGUAGCAAUAGUUGGAUAUGUUGGAUCAGGAAAAUCUUCUUUUAAUCUAAGCUAUGUUGGGUGAAAUGAUUUACAAAGAUGAUAAACCUAAAAUACAAAUAAAUGGUUCAUUUGCAUAUGUUAGCUAAAAGGCUUGGAUUUCAAAUGCUACAGUAAAAGAAAAUAUACUUUUUGGAUUACCUUUUGAUUAAAAAAAAUAUGAUGAAGCAAUUAAAUUCUCAUGUCUUAAAGAAGAUAUUAAAAUUUUAGUAAAAGGAGAUCAAACUAUGAUUGGAGAGAAGGGAGUAAGUUUGUCAGAUAAAAAGCUAGAGUUUCAUUAGCUAGAGCAAUUUAUAGCAAUUGUGACAGUAGAUGUUCAUGUUGGAAAAUUUAUUAUGUAUGAAUGUUUGAAAGGUUAUUUAAAGGAAAAGACUAGAAUUUUGAUAACUCAUGCUCUGAAUUAUUGCUAAUAUACUGACCAUGUUUAUUUGAUGGAUAGUGGUACAAUUGCUGAAUAAGGAUCAUUUAGUGAUAUUAAAUAACAUGAAUAAUUUAAGAAGGUGUAUUAGAUGUUUUAUAAAGAUGCUAAAAAUGAUGAAGAAUUGUAAGAAUAAACAAAUAAAGUUGAACAAGAAUCUGUUUAAGAAUUACAAUUAGAGAAAAAAUAAUCAUCUCAGACGGAAACUCCAAAAAUUGUAGCAAAUUAAGAUGAAAUUGAUGAACUAAUGUUAUUGGAGGAUAGAAAUAAAGGAUCAAUUUCAUUUGAAAUUUUAGCUACAUAUAUACUGGAGGCUUUUUAUUUGCUGUAUUUUUGA